AUGCGUGAAGUAAUCUCAGUUCAUGUUGGACAAGCUGGUGUACAAAUUGGUAAUGCUGCGUGGGAAUUAUUUUGUUUGGAACAUGGAAUACAACCGGAUGGAACAACAUGCAAAAUCCAGAAUAAACAACAUGCUGAUAAUUCAUUUUCAACAUUCUUCCUAGAAACCGGUACCGGACGACAUGUACCACGAGCCAUUUUAAUUGAUCUUGAACCAUCUGUUAUCGGACCAUAUAAACGUUUAUUUCAUCCUGAACAAAUGGUUACCGGUAAAGAAGAUGCAGCAAAUAAUUAUGCACGUGGACAUUAUACAGUUGGUAGAGAAUUAAUUGAUGUUGUUCUGGAUCGAAUAAGACGACUUGCCGAAAAUUGUACCGGUUUACAGGGUUUUCUUAUAUUUCAUUCAUUUGGUGGUGGUACAGGUUCCGGUUUUACAUCAUUAUUAAUGGAACGAUUAACAACUGAUUAUGAUAAAAAAAGUAAAUUGGAAUUUUCAAUCUAUCCAGCACCACAAGUAUCUACAGCUGUUGUCGAACCAUAUAAUUCAAUUUUAACCACACAUACAACUUUAGAGCAUUCUGAUUGCUCAUUUAUGGUUGAUAAUGAAGCAAUUUAUGAUAUCUGUCGUCGUAAUUUAGAUGUAGAACGACCAUCAUAUCUCAAUCUUAAUCGUUUAAUUUCACAGGUUGUUUCAUCAAUUACAGCUUCAUUACGUUUUGAUGGUGCAUUAAAUGUAGAUUUGACAGAAUUUCAAACAAAUUUAGUACCAUAUCCACGUAUACAUUUUCCAUUAGCUACUUAUGCUCCAAUAAUUUCUGCUGAAAAAGCUUAUCAUGAAUCGUUAUCUGUAAUGGAUAUCACUAAUUCAUGCUUUGAACCAGCUAAUCAAAUGGUUAAAUGUGAUCCACGUCUUGGAAAAUACAUGGCAGUUUGUCUUUUAUAUCGUGGUGAUGUGACAUCUAAAGAUGUUAAUGCAGCAAUUAAUAGUAUUAAAACAAAACGUACAAUACAAUUUGUUGAUUGGUGUCCAACAGGUUUCAAAAUAGGUAUCAAUUAUCAACCACCAACAGUUGUACCAGGCGGUGAUGUCGCAAAAGCACCACGCGCUGUAAGUAUGCUAGCUAAUACAACAGCUAUUGCAGAAGCUUGGGCUAGACUUGAUUAUAAGUUUGAUUUAAUGUAUGCAAAACGUGCCUUUGUACAUUGGUACGUUGGAGAGGGUAUGGAAGAAGGCGAAUUCACGGAAGCACGUGAAGAUUUGGCUGCUUUGGAAAGAGAUUAUGAUGAGGUUGGUUUUGAUAGUAAUGAUGAUAAUGAUGGCGAAGAUGCAAUGUAUUGA